UCUCACCCAAACAGCAACAAGUUCAUAGCCGGGAACUUAGUUUCUGGCGAGCGAGUCCUUCUGAACUCUCAAAUCCAUCUAAACAAACCACCAAAAAAAAAAAGGAAAAUACUUUGAGCAUUGAGAUUGAAAAAAAUUUGGUCCUUGAUCUCACAAUUUCAUUCUUAUAUUUUACUCUACAAGAUGGGGUCGGAACUGAUAUUUAGAGGCCAUGAAGAUACCCAGCAUGAGACUGAUUCCUACUCUCCUAAGCCACCCAAGCGAUGGCUCUCCUUCACCCGCCCGAUUCGUUACGUGCUCCGCGAGCAGCGCCUCGUCUUUGUCCUCGUCGGCAUUGUUAUUGCCACCCUUUUCUUCACCAUCCUUCCUUCGUCUUCUAGGAAUCCGUAUGUUCACCACCACAAAUAUGAGCAGAUCCCCGACUCCCUCGCCCACAUCUCUCGCGAGUCAGCGUCAACGACAUACAAAUUCUACGAACCUCAUGUGGCAGCUUUCGGGUCGAUGAAUUCGGGAGGGAAGAUUCCGUUGGGGUUAAAACGUAAGGGUUUGAGAAUAGUGGUUACCGGUGGGGCUGGGUUUGUUGGGUCACACUUGGUGGACCGUCUGAUCGAAAGAGGUGACAGCGUGAUCGUGGUGGACAAUUUCUUCACGGGAAGGAAAGAGAACGUGAUGCACCACUUCAAAAACCCGAGAUUCGAGCUCAUUCGGCACGACGUCGUAGAGCCCCUGUUGCUCGAAGUCGACCAGAUCUAUCACCUUGCUUGCCCAGCAUCGCCAGUGCAUUACAAGCACAAUCCAGUGAAGACCAUAAAGACCAAUGUGGUGGGGACACUGAAUAUGCUGGGGUUGGCGAAGAGGGUCGGUGCCAGAUUUUUGCUCACUAGCACCAGCGAGGUCUACGGUGAUCCUCUCCAGCACCCGCAGGUCGAGACUUACUGGGGCAACGUCAAUCCAAUCGGUGUCCGAAGUUGUUACGAUGAGGGAAAGAGGACGGCUGAGACACUGACAAUGGAUUACCACAGAGGAGCAGGUGUUGAGGUCAGGAUUGCCAGAAUUUUCAAUACCUAUGGGCCUCGAAUGUGCAUUGACGACGGCCGUGUUGUUAGUAAUUUCGUUGCUCAGGCAUUGAGGAAGGAGCCUUUGACUGUUUAUGGUGAUGGGAAGCAGACAAGGAGUUUCCAAUAUGUUUCUGAUUUGGUUGAAGGUCUGAUGCGCCUUAUGGAAGGGGAACAUGUGGGGCCUUUCAAUCUUGGUAAUCCUGGUGAAUUCACCAUGCUUGAACUUGCUCAGGUGGUACAAGAAACCAUUGAUCCAAAUGCAAGGAUAGAGUUCAGGCCUAACACAGAAGAUGACCCACACAAGAGGAAGCCUGAUAUUACGAAGGCAAAAGAUCUGCUUGGCUGGGAGCCCAAGGUAUCCCUUCGGAAGGGUCUGCCAUUAAUGGUAUCAGAUUUCCGGCAACGCAUCUUUGGUGACCACAAGGAAGAUAGCACCACCAGCACUGUGUCAACAGCCAAUUUGACUUUGCCCUUGUCGCAACAAUACAGUUACGGUGGCAACAACAAUAGCAGCAAAGAAAUCCGUCAUUCGAUGAGGAAUGAACUUGGAGGAGGUGUUCCUUUCGCAUUUAUUUCGCAGUCAGCUUCAUAAUCCCCCGUGGGCUAUUUUAAUUUUUUCCGCAUGUAAUUUCUCUUUGAAGGAUAUUAGACAGCGAGCCUUGCAAUUAAAAUUACAUUUUACUCUAA